AUGUCUUCAAACGAACGAGGUGGAAAACACAACCCUCCAAGUGGCAAAAUAAGCCAAAAUCUCUCGGAAGCUGAAGAAGAGUUAUUUGCGGAAUGGGCCGAAGAAGAAGAACGUCUGAAAGCAUCGACACCACCUGAAAAAGCCUCAUCGGCACAACUUGCUUCCGAUUUACUCGAAGAGGAAGAGGAACAACAUGAAGAAGAAGAAGGCUCAUCGGAUCUUGAAUCAAAAACAAAUGUAAAUAAUAAUAAUAACAACAAUAUAGGAAAUCAUGUGCGAUCAAAGAAGAAACGAAAAGUUGAUCAUUUAAAUGUAGAUACUUCAAUAGCAGCAGCGGAUACAUCAUCAGCAGAUGCUCAGGCUUCUCUUGACCUCCCAAUCACUCCGACCUAUACAGGUGUUAAUUUACCUUCUGUAGAGCCUGAAAUCAAGGAAGAAUAUGUGAAAAAAGAUGAGUAUGAUAAAUUGAUCAACUCUCAUACUGAAACCAUUAAAAAACUGAAGAAUGAUUACAAGUUGAUGGCCGACAAAUACAAGAAGGAAAUUGAGCGUUUAAAGAGUGAAUUGAAUGCUCUAAAGCAGAAAAAAGCCUUAAAUUUGCAAAUAGAAACUUAUUAUUUGUGCUUCUUCAAGAGAACAGCAUACUUCUGUUUAUUUGAUUGA